UGUUUUGAGACGAGCACAAGCAAGCUACACUCUAAGCGGGUUUUCUACAUCGGCUCGAUUCAUUCAAUAGCCAAAUAUCAAAAUAAGCAGAGUAGAGCAAAGCAGCUGCCUGUUUGACUGCUUGACUGCUUGAUUAUUUGCUUGCCGCCUUCGAGAGUUGUAGACGGAGACACGUUUUUCAGUGUGUUUUUCGCCUUACGGGAGAGUUGGCUUAGUGAAUUGAAUUGGUGCGUUGGAAAAAUGUGAUUUUGUGGUAAUAUAUGUAUAUAAUACUAUAACAGUAAUAGGCAGCAUACAUUUACAUGAGAAAAAUACAUAAAAAUAAAAAUUAAAAAAAAAAUAGUUGAAGAACGAAAGCAGACAAAAAAUUAAAAAAUAAAUAUUGUACAACACUUCGAAGGUGUGUGUGAAAUAACGGUGCAAAACUUAUAGAAAAAACCGAGCUUACUGCUCGAAAGUUUGAAACAGUGUAACGCUUUCAACUAAAUUCAAAAAUGUCCAAGCCACAGCCCAUGGAAAUGUCCAAUAUGGACAUGGAAUUCCACGAACGUAAAGCCGAACCCUUUCGUAUGAGUAAGUUCCUCUACAACUCAGAGGAGGGUACAGUUAUGGGACGUGAUCAAGCGUCGUGGGCUAAAAUUGGUAUAUUCUACACAAUCUUCUAUGGCGUCUUGGCUGCAUUGGUGGCUAUUUGUAUGUGGGUUUUCUUCCAAACGCUAGAUCCACGCAUACCCAAAUGGACAUUGGAUAGUUCUAUAAUUGGCACAAAUCCAGGCCUUGGCUUCCGCCCACUGCCACCAUCGGACAAUGUGGAGAGUACAUUGAUUUGGUACAAGGGUACACAGCAUGAGAACUACAAACACUGGACGGAUUCGUUGGAUGAGUUCUUAGCAGUCUAUAAAGUGCCUGGCCUAACACCCGGUCGUGGUCAGAACAUUUACAAUUGUGACUACAAUCAACCACCGCCAAAGGGUCAAGUUUGCGAUGUGGACAUUAAGACGUGGAGUCCAUGCACUAAGGAGAACAAUUACAGCUAUCACAAGAGUUCACCGUGCAUUUUCCUAAAAUUGAACAAAAUCUAUGGUUGGAUACCGGAGUAUUAUAAUAUGUCAUCAGAUUUACCCGAAAAUAUGCCAACUAGCUUGAAAACUUAUAUUGCUGGUAUUGAAAAGGAUCAAAAUCAUAAGUUAAACACUAUUUGGGUUUCAUGUGAAGGUGAGAAUCCUGCCGACCAAGAGAAUAUUGGACCAGUCAACUACUUGCCCAUACGUGGUUUCCCUGGCUACUUUUAUCCCUACCAAAAUUCCGAGGGCUAUCUCAGUCCGCUCGUGGCUGUGCAUUUCGAGAGACCGAAGCGCGGCAUCAUCAUCAAUGUGGAAUGCAAGGCUUGGGCACGCAACAUUCAUCACGACCGCAAGGAGAGGCUUGGUUCGGUGCACUUUGAGUUGCUGAUCGAUUAACAGAGUGUGGGAAAAAUGUUUGAUAUAUACAAUAAUAAUAAAUAAAUUAAAAAAUGAGAGCAUUCGGGCGGCGAAGCGCCGACAAAUGGUACACCAUGACAUGCCGAGGGCAGCAUAGAUUUUUUCAGCAUUAUAUUGUAUAACAUAAAGGAAUACAAAAUGAAAGAAAAUGAAUAAAAAUAAAUUUUAUAUAUUGUAACAAGGAGCUAUGCAGUCGAACGAUUACACUCUAUUACAUUUGCAUACAACAAAAAGAAAAAAGAAAAAAAAAAACAAAUAAAUGAAGAGAGAAGAAAUUGUUCUAGAGCAAGUUGAUGGGUUCUAAAAUUAUGUAAAAAAUGGCAUGCCACUUUCUUCACUGAAUUAAAUUUAAUUUAUUUGAAAAGUUUCUUUUCUGUUAGUUUAUUAUAUGUAUUUUCGUUUGUUUAACAGUUUUAAGCAGUUAAUAAUUAUGUAUAAGAGUAAGAGUAUGAAAGCCAGUGGGCUAUGGUGGAAAUAAAAAUAAUUAAAAUAAUAUAUAACCAUUUCGAAAACACUUUUUCCUAGUACACACACACAAUAGACAUACACAUACAUAGACAUAUGUUACAAAUAAAAUCUAUAUGAAAAUAUAGUGCAAAUAUUUGACAAUCCCAUACUGAACGUCGGUUGUACAUAUUUAUUUGUAUUUUAAGCCGCCACCAAAUAUGAGUAGUGUAAACGUUUGUUGUUGUUUUGUUCGGUAUCUCGAUUCAAAUAUUGUACGUUUAUAAUCACAUUAAAAACAUAAACUACAUACAAACACA